GCACGAUGCCGGCUUACGCGCCCCCACAAAUUUGCCAUGUCACGAACUUGGCCAGUUCAUGUGCACUGCGUACCGUGUCCACCACCGUCCGCGCCAGACAUCACCUACCCAUAGCUCUGUUUUUCUCGUAUGCAAUAUAUUGAGCUGGCCUCGGGACCUUUUCUAGUCCAAUCACCCCUGCUUUCCCCAUGAUCGUCGCAACCCACGAGAUCGACCCUGACGGGGACAUCAUUCUCAAGUUGACCCAUCCGAAUGCGCCGUUCGCAGUCUGGCCCAAGGCACAGGAUGAGAAAGUCGCUUCGAACGGACAACGAGACGCUACCGAUGACCCCAAGGCGGACGGCAUCCACGAUGUCGGGGAAACACCGGAGGGAGGAAGCGAGCCCGCAUCAGAGGUUGACUUCAGGCUUUCCUCCAGACAUUUAAUUCUGGCUUCAUCCUACUUCAAGUCCAUGCUUUGCGGCCCGUGGAAAGAAGGCAAAACAAACGGCAGUGAGCCCCGAGUCGUCACGGCCGAAUCCUGGGAUCAAGACGCCCUACUGAUCGUCAUGAACGUUAUUCAUGGGCGAAACAAGAGGGUGCCUCGAGAGGUAGACUUUGAGACGUUAGCCAAGAUUGCGGUCAUCUUGGACUAUUAUCAGUGUCACGAGGCACUCGAGGUUUUCACUGAUAUGUGGCUGAGGAGCUUGAAACAUGCAGCGCCAUUGCCAACAGCCUACGGCCGCGAUGCUGUGCUAUGGUUGCAUAUCGCACACGUUCUCUCAGAUGACGGAACCGCGCGAGCAAUAACGAAAAUGAUGCAGUGUGAACUGGAUCAACCGCUAUUUACGUUGGGUCUUCCAAUUCCCGCUAGCGUUGGAGACAGGCUGGAGGCCUUCAGAAUACAAUCCGUUGAUUACUUGCUUACCCAAAUGCAUACGGAAUUGGACUGCCUGGCGAGGCAGGCCUGGAGCACUUGCUCGCCCGAGUGCGACCUGAUGAGACUUGGAGCACUGACUAGUAUGUUGGUCUUGCACAACUCGCUUUCGCGACCAACGCUGCCAUUUCAUGGUAAAAGCGUGGGGAAAAUGAUUUCAAUCAUCGAGGAGUACCACAAGCAGUUCCUCCGCAGUGUUGAGCGUUCGACUCCACGACUACUGCCCACGCACUGUAAUUGUCGCUCCUGCCGCCCAUCAGGCUCGUUUCCCAAUCAGAACAAAUGCCGACACAGACAACUUUCGCAGGCUGUUAUUGAGGAUAGAAGAGGGGCAAUGAUUGGAUUUGGGGUCCAAUUAGACUCAGAACACGAAGACGAGUUAUGAAGACGAAGCCUAGCGCAUUGACGCACUGCGCUUGCCCCCGAACUUGAUACUACCUGGGCCAUAAACAAGUAUGUACAUGAACUUUGAACCAUCCAUUCGGCCCUCUUGGCCAUCAAUAUUUUCAGGUAGCG